UAUUAUGUUUUAAAAUGAUAUAUUUAGGAAAGAAAAUGAAAUCCAAAUAAUAAGACAAUUUGUGAUGUUAAAAUACAGUAGGACAGAUAUGUCGACGAAUCGAGUAAAUUCUGAAACUUUUGGGGCAGAAAAUAAAAUUAUUAAAAGUAUUAUAUAUCAAUUGUCCUAUAAAUAAUGAGUGUCGCGUGAAGCUAGGUUUGCCGAAACUAACAGCCAAACACACCAAAAAAAAAAGCCUCUUUAGGAAAAAGAAAAAAGAAGAAUAAGAAGAAGACGAAAGAGAACAUAAAUGGCGGCGACUUCUAGAAGGAGCAGAGGGCCAAUGUUCCGUUCGCUCUCUCCCUCUGGCAGAUUCUGUUACGCUUCUCACGCGCCUCCGCCUUCCGCCACCGCCUUCGCCUCCACCUCCAGCUUCACCUCUCGCUCCUCGACCUUCUUCCACCAGCGACCCUCGCCCCAGCCACGCGCCGCUGUAACCGUCACCUCCUCCGCUGCAACCGUCAGAUUCUCGCUCGAGCGCCCGACCUCACCCGGCCGGUCGAUAUCCGCCGUCGGUCACUCACCACGCGCCGGCCAGAUCGUCAGGAGCCAGACCCCUCCGCAGCAGAAGCGCACCUGUUUGUGCUCUCCGACGAACCACCCCGGAUCCUUCCGUUGCAGUCUCCACAAGGCAGCGGCAGCGCGUGGAUCUCACGCGCAGACGAGUUACUCGCCGAACAACCGCCUGCAUGCUCGAAGGUCAGCGAUGACGAACUCACUGGUGCGGAUAUGCGGCGUGGAGGGAGAACUGGUGAAGCGAGCCCUCGCCGCGCUGAUCCGGCCGUCGUCACACCACCAGCGCCGCCGCGCCGAUUUCCAUCCGCGGCCGAGUCGCCUUUCAGUCAUGUCGAAGGCCGAAGAUUCCUCCUGAUCCUAUGACGUCAUCCCCUGACGAUCUGGCGGACAAAAGUUUUUUGAAAUCUCCGGCGGCCGUGAAGUGGACAGAUAUAGUUUUUUUUCUUUUAUACACUGGUUUCCUGUGAAAGUGUCUAUAUAUAUAUGGUGCACAAGUUGCUCUAAUGGCAAAUCUAUGAAACAGAUGGAACAAGGAACCAAAUUUUGAAAUUAUUUUACUUUUUCAAAAUCAAAACCUUCAACGAGUUCACCCAAAAUUCAGAGAUUGAAAUUGAGGAUGAAUUCUUCAAACCCAUUGAAACAAAUUGUUA